UUGUCGGAGCUAAAAGAAGCCUGCAAAUGGCGUACGCAGAAGAACAUUGUAAAAAAUGCUUCGCUGGAGAAGAAAGUAAGCCUUCAUUGUUCGCUUGUAGAAUUCCACAGGCACGCUUCAGAAUGCUACAGCCUGAUAAAUAGAAGGAAGAAGAUACAAGAAUGGAGGCUGGGGAAGGGGAAGGGGAUUUAGCGAUGGCCAAUGGCGGGCCCUAAUUCCGUCUAAUUGGACACUUCCUUCAAGCCUCUCCCGUCUCGUCCCAUCCGUAAUCGUAAGAGUAAUAAUUUGCUGCGAUGAUUUGAGUUGAGCCGCCCCUGGCCUGCAGUACUGUCCUCCUAGUAUAACACGACAGAGGCGCUACAGUACACUGCUGCCAGCAACUUUAUAUCAUUGCUGCCUCCUCCAUUAUUCUAUUAUUUGCGCUGCUGCAGCAACCACCGUUCAAACUACAAAUGCUUGCUUCCUUGGAACAGCUCUGCGUGAAAAUUAGAGCUUCUGAAAUCUAUGCAUUGGAACCCGAUGUUGUCAUUCUGCCUCAGAUUCUCGCUGGUGUCGUAGUGGUGUUGCUGGCACUGAGGCAGGCCUUUUUGGAUGCCGUAAUUUGAGCUGUUUGCUGUCAAAAGGUGCUUCCUGAAAUGUACUGUCUGCAGUGUAUUGUGCACAGACUCUUUCAAAGACGCUUCAAAUUUUCGCGAUAUACCAUCCCAACUGGUUUGGCGAAAGCUUUGCCCCCAACUGGCUGAGCUGCUACGUAUGAAGCUUUAAGGAGAUCUUGUUUUCUUUAGCAUCAUUUUGUGGGUUUAUUGUGAUUCAAUUUGAUUUGAGGGGCGAAACUUGCUGCUGAGAAGAAUUUGAAAUGGCUCAAGGUACAAGGACUAGAACCCAGAAAAGCUCUUCGGUUCAGCUUGACUACAUAAUUAAUAUUGAGGAGAUUAAACCCUGGCCCCCUACUCAGUCCCUUAGGACACUCCGUGCUGUUCAGAUUCAAUGGGAACAUGGUGAUCGAAGUUCUGGACUAAGCAGUCAAGUUGUACCUUCACUUGGGGCCGGCACAGGUGUUGGUGAUGGUAGAAUUGAAUUCAACGAGUCUUUUAGGCUUCCAGUUACACUAAUGCGAGAUGUGUCUGUCAAACGAAAAACUGGACAUGCAUUUCAUAAGAAUUGCAUUGAUUUCAAUCUUUAUGAACCCCGUCGUGAUAAAGCAGUUAAAGGUCAGCUGCUGGGAACUGCUGUUCUUGACUUAGCAGCACUUGGUGUUGUUAAAGAAACCUUGUCUGUCAGUAUUCCGAUAAACUGCAAGCGGACAUAUUGGAACGCUGUGCAGCCACUUCUUUACUUGAAACUUCAGUCAGUUGGUAGGGGCCGUAGUAACUCCACAAGAGAAAGCUUUGUGAGAGAAGAUUCAUUGGGGCAGAGUAAUUAUGAUUCAGUUUCUGUUAUGAGUGAAGAAUAUGCUGAAGAAGUGGAGGGUGCCCCCUUUUCCACAGAUGAUGACAUUUCCUCACAUUCAUCUGUUGGUGCCGGUGUUAUUUCUGCUGUUUCAGAAUCCAACGGGAGUUCGCCGUCUCAAUUGAAAAAGGAUGGGACAUCUGUAAAUGGUGCUGCUGGAGAGGCCAAAACAAACAAGGAGCAGUUAUCAGCUGCACUGGACACAGAAAAACAGCAGAACUCCUACAAUGGAAAAAAUGGUUCUGAAAAAGAAGCAGAAUGCAAUCAGAAGGAUGCUGUAAAUGGUCCCAAGGGUGAUGUGCAUAUAGAAGAACCCAGCACUGAAAAACCAAACAUGCCCCACAAUGGUACUACAGAAGAAAAGACCACAGAAGAAGUUCAAAUUUAUGAAGAAGAGAUAAGUAUCUGUGAAGAGAAAGAGCAGUUUCCUAAGAACAAUUUAUUGAAUUGCGAUUCUGAAGUCGAUAUUCAGAAGCAGGUAUCAUUGGACAAUAGUUCACUUAAUAAUGUCAAGGAAACUUCUGCAAGUUGUGUCAGUAUUUCAAAUAUUGAUACAUCAAAGAAUGGGAAGUCAGUUCGAUCACUAGGAGACUCAAGUUGGAAUCAUGUAUCAGUUCAGAGCAAUCAGUGUCUUCCUGCUCAAAGUUCAAUGAGCAAUGAGUGUAAAGAUGCAUUGAAGGAUUCAAGAAGCCUGCUUUCUGAUAGUAAACUCCAGCAUUUGGAACGCAGAAUUAAAAUCCUGGAGGGAGAGUUGAGGGAAGCUGCUGCCAUAGAAGUUGGUCUAUAUUCUGUGAUUGCAGAACAUGGAAGUUCCAUGACCAAAGUUCACGCUCCAGCUCGACGCCUCGUAAGAUCCUAUUUUUAUGCCAGCAAACUGAGUUCAGAGUCAAGAGGGAGUGCUGCAAAAAGCAUCGUCUCUGGAUUAGUUUUAGUUUCCAAAGCAUGCGGAAAUGAUGUCCCAAGACUAACUUUCUGGCUGUCAAAUUCCAUUGUACUGAGAGUGAUUAUGAGCACAUCCUUCGGGGACAGUAAGCUGCCCACUGCUGAUGGACCUGUUAUUGCGACAGAGGACAACUUGAACGGGAAGAAAAAAUCUUCUCCACUUAAAUGGGAAUCCUUCCCCAAGAAUGGUACAAAAAUUUAUAUCGAGGAAGGCUUUGGUGAUUGGAGGAAUCCUGUGACAUUUGUGGCUGCAUUGGAAAAGAUUGAAGCAUGGAUAUUUUCCCGUAUUAUUGAGUCUAUAUGGUGGCAGACUUUUACACCACAUAUGCAGCCUGGUAAUGCUGAAGUGAUUCGUAGCAGUUUGGAUGCUGAAUCUAACAAGACACUUCAAAGAACAUGCAGUUCCAUUGAUCAACAGCAGGGUAACUUUUCUACAGAACUCUGGAAAAUGGCUUUCCGUGAUGCAUAUGAAAAGAUAUGUCCUCUUCGAGCUGGAGGACAUGACUGUAGCUGCUUGCCUGUACUCUCGAGAGUGAUAAUGGAGCAACUGGUAGCUAGACUAGACGUGGCUAUGUUCAAUGCCAUCCUUCGAGAAUCAGCAGAUGAAAUUCCAACAGAUCCUGUUGCUGAUCCUAUCAGCGAUGCCAAAGUCCUUCCCAUUCCAGCUGGGAAAGCUAGCUUUGGUGCUGGUGCUCAACUGAAAACUGCGAUUGGAAAUUGGUCCAGAUGGCUUACUGAUCUCUUUGGCAUUGAUGACUCUGAUGAUUUGGUUGAAGAUAAGUCCGACUUGGAGAUUACAAGUGAUAAUGAGGGUACCGAUCAGGAUGCACCAUCGAAGUCCUUCCGUCUGCUCAAUGCACUCAGUGAUCUUAUGAUGCUUCCCAAGGACUUGCUAUUAAGCCAAACUGUCAGAAAAGAGGUGUGCCCUACAUUCGGCCCACCAAUAAUAGCGACGGUUCUCAACUCAUUUUCCCCGGAUGAAUUCUGCCCCGACCCAAUUCCUGCAGUCGUACUCCAGGCCUUAAAUUCAGAGUUGGCAGAAGAGGAGGAUCAGGGUGACGGCCUUGUUAUGAACUUCCCCUGCGGUGCUGCUCCAAUUGUGUACAAGCCACCUGCAGCUGUAGCAGUAGCUGCUAUCCUGCAGCUGGGAGAGUUUGGUGGUCAGUCUGAUCAAGUUGUGCUGAGACGGAGCCGAUCAUCAGUUCUGAAGAAGUCGCAGACGAGUGAUGACGAGCUGGAGGAAUUAGAUUCUCCGCUGAACUCCAUCAUCCGUGGGAAGGCAUCGGUGGAGAAUGAUAACAGAUCAAGUGGAAAUACUGCUUUGAGGUAUAAACUUCUGCGCGAUGUGUGGAUAAAUUGCGAAUGAUAUAUGUAGGGAUCGAGCUGAGGUAGGAUCGACAGUACCAGUUUGAACAUGUAUGUAGGACAAGAAUGCUGUUCGACUUCAGUAUCUAUUUGUUUCGAAGCGACUCGAGGUUUUCGACUUACACCUUAAGUAGGAAUGUACAUAUAUGUGUGUGUGGUAUGCUAUUUCAUUCUCUUUACUCUUCUACAUUGAGGGAUGAAUAGUUACUAUUUGAAUUUUAGUGA